AUGGCCUUUGAGAUUGUGUAUUGGCGCUUCGGUGUCUUUUCCAGUGGAGUUGCUAUAUGCGUCGGUGUGAUUCUAGCCUGUAAUGAUGCUACUCUCGUCCGGCCUAUUAAAAGUGGAGAGUCAUCUUCUGCCACGUCGCCUCAUGUGAUUGCAAUGCAGGUUCUUAACAUCAUCAUUCUUCCCGACCUUAGUUGCCAGUGCUCAUAUGGUGACAUCAGAAUAUCUGCCCGUUUCUCUAUCCAGACUAGACUACAACACGUUCUUGUCCGAUUAGCACAGACGAGCAACGCAGAGAUGUGCGCUACUGAAGAAAGGAUCAAAGUCAGCCGAGCCGUUGUUCCCGAGUUCCCGCCCUACGAGCAUUGUGGUACUUAUAUUGUAUUAGAACUAUCAGAUCAAUAA